AUUAUUUUUAUUUUCAUUCAGAAUUUUUUUUCUAUUUCAGUUACUGUGUCCUCACUGAUAUUGGUUUGCAGCCCCAUUGAAUCGCUGCUUGAAGUCUAUGGUUGCUGCCUUGGUUCUGGAUUGUUGAUUUUUUCCUAUCAUUGUAAUGAUCGGCUGGUCAAUGGAUUAAAACAUGACACACUUUCCCCUCAAUUUGCAAAAACUAAUGGCAGCUAUGAGGAAGCAGAGUAUGAAUACUCUGUUUAUAAAUUGCAAGCACCAUCUCUGAUAAUUAACAUCAUUACACAGCUAUUUAUUGUCCUGGCAUUUGAUCAGAUAUGCAUUGUAGGCACAUUAUACCGGAGUAAAGCACUUAUAAAAUUUGCUCGAUAUCCUACAGAUGUCCUUCUCUUUCUGUCAUUUACUUUGCCGAUUUUUCUGCAUUCAUUUUUUAGUGAAGAUCACAUCAUAUACAAACUUUCACCAAAACUUGCAAUUGUUCUCCCAGGAAUACUGCUACUGAUUCAUUCGUUUUUUGUCUUACUAACCAUUGUGGGGAUAGUCAUUCCUGCUCUAAGAGAUGUCAAAGUUCGUGUCAGGGAAAUGGGGUUUGAUGGUCUCAUGUUACGAUUAAUGGAGAAAGCUAAUUUAUCUUGGCUUCUACGUCUAUUUUUUUUUACUAAAGUUGUGUAUCAAAUUUUAAUAUCAAAAACUUUAGCGGAUGCCGUUGAUUUUAACACUUUGAGCUUGUCAGAAAUGUUAAAUAUUUGCAAGCUCUUGUCUUUUGAAGUGCUUCAUGCUAUGUGUGAGACCAUUCUCUCUGUCAUGAGUAUGGCCAGCAUUGUAAGUAUCAUAAGCGGGUGGUGCCUUAGGGUUAUCUACAACAUAAUAGGAGCCUAUGAUGAAGAAGAGAGCCUCCAGCCUGCUGUGUCUGGAUUCCUUUUUGUUCUACUUGCAAUGCAGACUGGAAUCACCAGCAUUUCAACUGACAUAAGGCUUCAGUUGCUUUUCCAGAACUGUGUUCUUUUGUUAGUAGCCAACCAACACUUUGUGCAAACCGUUGCUGCAGACUUAGUUCUCAAAGCCAGUACAGAUGAUGUUGUUUUGAAGAAACACAUUAGGCCAAUGCUGCCUUAUUUAAUAUUUUUCUCCUUUCCGUUUGUUGUAGUUGUCCGUCUUUGGCAGUUCCCUUUUCGUGUUUCCUGGCUUCUAGCUAUAUCAGCUUUUAGUUUAGAGUUAAUUAUUAAAUCAUUAAGUACUUUAGCUGUUUACACAGUGAAUAUGUUGCAGGCUCAUACAAAUUAUUUGCAUGAUAACAUUGAUGACUUUCUAUUUUAUAUUAAAGCUGUUUUUGGGUGCUUAGAAUUUUCUUGUGGAAUUUUUCUUUUCCUCAAUGGUGCCUAUAUUUUCCUUUUUGAAUCUGGCGGUGUCAUACGAUUUGUGAUGAUGGUUAUCCAUUUAUACUGCAAUAUCUACCAAACAGCUUUGAAGGGCGUAGCGACUUACCGGUUGCGUCAGUCUGCAUGGCAGAAAGUAAAUAAGCUUCAGGCUGCUAGUCAGGAGCAGCUGGAUGAAAAUAAUGACAUUUGUCCGAUAUGCUACCAAGAAAUGACAGAGGCAGUUGUCAUUCAAUGCUCUCAUGUCUUCCAUAAGGGAUGCCUCCAGAAAUGGUUGUCAAUCCAAGAAAAAUGUCCUCUGUGUCAUUUAGAUAUUAUAGAUGAUCAUGCAUCCAACUCGAACAACAACACUGCUGAUCAUGCCAGAUAGCAUUUAUCAAGACUAAGACUAUGACGGUAACGUCUUCUCAAAAUCAAUUGAUCUAUAUUAAGAUUACUUUUUGGACUAAAUGUUUUAUUUAAAAUGGUCAUACAAAGUUGUGAAAUUAUAUAUGUAAAAGAUGAAUCUAUAAGUAUAAGAUUUAUGUUCCCCUCUGUGUCUGAUACCAAUUCACUUUUCAGCAAAGCUUUUGCAGCUACAUAUUCUUUUAGAAAUGUCACAGCUGCUGAAUUUUUUUAAACAAAUUAGUUGUUUUUUUACCAUUUUUAUGUUCGUGCUUUACAAUUACAAAAUAUAUUAUUAACUUGUGAUACCUUAUGGAGAAAAUCUAUUUUGAUGCAGGCAUAUAGGACCCAAUGUUACUUAGUAGAUAUUUUCUUUUAGUGUGUAUGUUUUCUGUGUCUUCAAUCCUUCUUUUAUUAGUUGAAAUAAAAAAGAAAAUGAAGACAUCUUUGCUAAAAGUAGUUAAGGCAAAACUUAGUCAAAAGCAACUGAAUUGUUAUUACUGUUGAUCUGGUCGAGCUGAACAUGUU